CGGUCAGUCGAGCCGCGACCGCCUCAGCUCGCGCACGUCCACCGACGGCCCGCCAUGACGCCGCUUCGGCUAGCUGCCGUUGUGCUGCUGUGUGCUUUUGUCACUGGCCAGGAGGAGCUGAAGUAUGCAAAGGACUUCGAGAAGCCCUUCAGGGUGGUGGCCAACCUGAUCGUCGACAAGAAUUUCUUCCUGCUGCGCGAGCUCACUGCUGAGGAGCAGGAGACGGGCCAGGUCGAUCUGGCGGACCCGUUCGACGAGAAGAACCGUAAGGUCACCACACCAGCGCCCACCACCGCCGCUCCUACAACCACACCGGCGCCAACGACCAAGGCACCAGCCCGGUUCUCUUUCCAGGACUUCGCAGGACUGUUGCCGCCGCCGCCCGCGGCCCCGGCCAGGGCGUCCGCGGGUGCCGCCACCGGGCGUCCGGGCGGUGGUCGCCGCCCGGGCGGCCGCUUCCCUCCCAGGACCCCGGCGCCGGCAGCGGUCGAUGACGCGCAGCUAGAGCUCGCCACCACGGAGGCCCCCGUCAGGCGCGGCGGCUCACGCAGGAAGGUGGUGCGCGGGCCGGCGCGGCCUGGAAGCCGGCGGCGUGUCACCGCCGCGCCCACCACCGAGGCCCCGACCACCGAGGCCCCGGCCAGAGAGGCCCCGGCCACCACCGAGGCGGCGCCAGCGCCCGCCAGCCCCCCGCGUCGCUCUGGCAACCGGCGGCGCAAGCCCGUGGUGAACCGCCGGGUAGUCGGCACCGUCGCUCCCCCCGCACCACCCACACCCCCCGCACCCGCACCCGCCGCGCCCGCACCCGCCGCGCCGGAGGUCCGGCCGGCCUCGCGGCGCCGCGUCACUGCCGGGGCCGCGGCGCCGACCACGCCGGCGCUGCAAGAGCCGCCGCUGUCGCCGGUAGCCUCAGUGCGGCGCAUCCCGGCCACCUCCAACCGGCGGCCGCAGGCGCAGGACACCCGCGAGAACGAGAUCAACGCCCUGCACCGCCGCCUGCCCGGCGGCUCCAAGACCGUGCUGAAGGAUAUGCCGCCCUCGACGUUCAGCUGCAAGGACCGGCCGUACGGCUACUACGCUGACAUCCAGGCUGACUGUCAGGUCUUCCACAUCUGCACGCCGGUCGUCCACGCGGACGGCUUCGAGCAGAACCUCAAACACAGCCUCUUCUGUAACAACGGCACGCGGUUCGACCAGCGCACGCUCACCUGCCGGGAGGAGACGCUGGCGCUGCCAUGUGACCGCUCCGAGAGCUACUAUGCCAGUGUCAAGUACUUCGAGAAGUUCAACAUCUUCGACCGCAUGCGCGCUGAAGACGAGAAGAAGCGAAGGAGGCUCAACAACCGCCUGGAGACGCUGGACGAUGUCGAGGCCCUGGAAGCGCAGCUUGGCCAGUAGCUGGACCCAAAACGCACCACAUCGAUUCGUGCUGCGAACGUGAGCGUGCUUUUGGUGUGUGUUGAUUAUGUUAAGUGCUCGGCUGAGUCGCCUUCCUUGCCAUGAAAGGAAUGGACGUCUUUGUGAAUAUUUUGUGGUGAUGAUUGGUCUGUUGCACGGUGUUGCAUGCGUCCUUCCGAGGAAUGUUAAAGGAAUGUGCUCUAUGGGUUCACUAUGUAAAACGAUGCUGGUACCUUGAGGCGUCAAUGGAUGACCAGCUGUGGCCCUAGUGACGAAUGUUGUUUGCUAUAUGUUGCCCGGAAAGUGAACAAACAUCCUUGCCAAAACCUUGUUAAAAGUCUACCUGGUAGAGCUAGAAAUACUGAUUCAGCCCCAUCGCCUAUUCGUGCGAUGCAUUGGGCUCGAUGACGUUUAUUGCAUCGUGUUGGUUAGCCUUCUCCUGAAGCACAUCUUUAAUAUAUUGCCUUCGAAUUAUGUAAAGAUUUGUCAUUCAGUUUGCCACAUUUGAUGCAUCUUUGGCACCGGAGAAAGCAGCUCUGAAAUAUGUUUACACAGAGCAAUCGCCUGCGAGUGUCUCGUGUUGUGAUGACGUUUAUUGCCGAACACAGUGUCCAGCUCCUGCGCAUCCAUGUUUUUGGCACACAUAAUGCCAAGAUGUGGGAGAAAGUCGUCGUGAGUGAAGUCCAAACCACUGAUGCUGGUGCAAUAAAAACUAAAUUUAGCUA